CAGCUUAACGAAUACAAUUGAAGUUAGCGAUGCCCGGGAAACGAACAUCAACUACUACGAGAAGUUCGUUGGCUCUAUUGCGAGCUAGGAUUUAGCAACGUCAGAGAAAUGCUUGCAGCUUUCGGAGCGUGGACCCAGAGGCUCUGGCGCCACCACAAUUUCACCGUAAAAUCCAUUUAUAUCGGCAAUUCCAGGGGUUAUUCCUCUUCUGUUGCUGCCGCCGCCGCCUUACCGCCGAAGAGAAUAGGAACUCACAAUGGUAGCUUCCACUGCGACGAAGCUCUCGCCUGCUUUAUGAUUCGCCUCACGAGCAAGUUCUCGAACGCCCAAAUUAUUCGAACUCGCGACCCUCAGAUUCUGAAUGAGCUUGAUGCGUUAGUUGAUGUUGGGGGAGUGUAUGAUUCAAGCAGAGACCGGUACGAUCAUCAUCAGAAAGGUUUUAAUGAAGUUUUCGGCCAUGGCUUUACAACUAAACUGAGCAGCGCAGGCCUUGUAUAUAAGCACUAUGGAACAGAGAUAGUAGCAAAGGAAGUUCAGCUUCAUGAAGAACAUCCAGAUGUUCAUAGAUUAUUUUUGGCUGUCUAUAAGAACUUUAUAGAGGCAGUUGAUGCUGUAGAUAAUGGAAUCAACCAAUAUGAUAUAGAUCAGCCUCCAAGAUAUGUAAAUAAUACUAGCCUGUCAUCAAGAGUGGGAAAACUGAAUCUGGACUGGAUUGAUCCUGAUCAGUCACCUAAGAAAGAGGAUAAAGCCUUUCAAAGUGCAAUGACUUUAGCUGGGAGAGAAUUUCUGGAGUGUAUUCAUUUCUAUGCGAAAUCGUGGUUGCCAGCAAGAUCAGUUGUCAAGGACUGCCUUGUAGCAAGGGAAUAUAUUGAUUCUUCAGGGGAAAUCAUGGUGCUGACUAGGCCUUGCCCUUGGAAACUUCAUAUAUUUGAGCUUGAGGUGGAAAUGAAGAUUAAUCCUUCAAUCAAAUGUGUGAUUUACCAGGAUGACAGGAGUGAAAAUUGGCGUUUGCAGGCGGUAGCAGUUUCACCUGAUAAAUUUGAAAGUCGAAAACCACUACCAUCUCCUUGGAGGGGGUUGGCUGAUGAAGAACUGACUUCGGUUGCUGGCAUCCCUGGUUGUAUCUUUGUGCAUAUGAGUGGUUUCAUUGGAGCAAAUAAAACGUAUGAAGGUGCUCUUAACAUGGCAAGAGCUUCUCUAGAGUCCUGAACACAAAUUGCUGCUAAAUGUACCUGAACACUCUUAAGAAGUACUUCACCACCUUUUGAUUAGUCAAACUCAAAGCAAAGUUGGUUCAACCUUCACUGGUGUUGUGUGCUUCUGAUCCAUGGAAGAUAUGAUAUGUCUCACUUAUAGGGUAUUCUUAUAAUUAUUAAUUGUUGGGUUGAGCACUCAAUUCAAAUUUUGUUUCGCAGCUGAUAAUUGUCAACCCAUUCGCUUACAGUAGACUGGUGCUUGUAGGCCUAUUGGCAUUUCGGAUCUAUCCUGGUGAAUACUCUAGUUGCAAUUGAUGAUAGGGACAAAAUAUUACACUUUCCUCAAUUUUAUUUUUUACACAAAGAGUUCUAUAAGCUAUGGUAUUUAGUUGAAUUUAAAAUUUUGGCAGUCUUAUUUUUCUUUGAA